AUGGCUUCCUCAAGUCGAAGAUCAACAAGUGGUACGUACGGCAGCGGAAACAUAACGGGAGACCGUUUUUGUGAGUGUGGGUUAAGAGCACCGUUACAAGUUUCGAAUAGCGUUGCCAACCCGGGUAGAAAGUAUUAUGCGUGUCCAACAAGGCGAUGUGGAUGGUUUAGAUGGGCAGGCCCAAAUAUCCAGCCUUCUGACUCCGGAGAUGAUCGAUCUUCUCAGCUUAACUUUAAUUUUAAGACGAGCGAACGAGUGGAAAAACUUCAUGCUGAUGUUGUGUAUCUGAAGUUUCUAAUGUGCGGUCAACUUGUUGUCUCCGUUUUUUGUGUUGUGUUGAUCAUUGUUGUGUUGUGUAAGUUGUAG